UCAUAAAAAUAAGCGCCACUCUGCGUGCUCUCUCCAGGGACUGAGGCUUUCAUCGUUUCUUAUAUAUAUGCACGAGCCAAAUAGAUGCUCAGUCAGACCUUCAUAAUAAAACACAGAGCCAGCCUAGUUGUUACAAAAAAUUACAAUAUAAAAUUUUGUAGCCUACAUUGGGUACAUUUUAACUUUUGGAAUGACAACGUAUUUUGGAGGAUUUUAAUCCGUCCAAGGAUCGGCGAGCUUUGUCUUAUUUUCCCUGUCCUGCAUUUAAAUACUGCGCCUUGCAGAACGAAUCUUUUGGAUGAGUGCCUGGUCAUUGAGAUACAAGCUGCAUACAUCACUGCUUAACUCGAAGCAAAUACAGACAUUCACGAUUUGACAUUGAAACAUUUGAAGUUUGGAUGUUUAAUUGAGGUUCAUGUUCAGAAAUAUUCGACGGACUGGUUGUCACCAGAGAGCACCAAAAGGAUGGGAUAUGGAAACAAAACCCUGAAAGAAUGCACGGUCUUGCUUUGCGUUGCCAGCGUCCUGCUUUUAGCAGAGAGCAGAAGAGUGAAGCAACGUAGAUGCCCCGCAUCUUGUAUGUGCACCAAAGAUAAUGCAUUGUGUGAAAAUAUGAAAUCGGUCCCUCACAGCUUUCCACCUGAUGUCUUUUCCUUGUAAGUGCUUGGAAUUAAUAUUUUAAAAUUAUUUCAAUCAUAAUAUUGGCAAUGGCAUUAUGAUGGGGAUAUCGUAUGAUCUCUCUUUGUCGAGUAUUUUGAAGAUGUUGAAUGGAAUAAAUAACACCACAAAUAAAGCAGCUAAUUGAAAUAAUGCAGGGCUACAAUCAAAUUAAAUGGUUGAUAUCUUUUCAAUAACAUGAAUCUAUGUUCUGCUAUAUUGCCUCAUUUCUUUUGUACCAUGUUUCUAUUCAGAUCUUUUGUCAAGUCUGGAUUCACCGAACUCACUGGAGGAAGCUUCUUAAACACUCCAGCGCUACAUCUUCUGUGAGUUUGACGUUACUCAACGACGUUGUAUAAUAUAUGUUAACAUGAUGGUCCAUGUGCAUUAACAAAGCACAGCUCUGCUCCCUCAGAGGAAGAGCAGAAUUAUGUAAUAACACACUACAUGAACUUAGUGGGGCGUAGGAUGUUGGCUGCUGAGCUGAAACAAAAAUUGCUCAAUGAAAUGAAACCAAAAACUUUUCUCGGAAUAUUGUUAAUCCAUUACAGUAAAUCUAUUGUCUGAGGACCCACCCAUAGCUCACCAGGAAAACAUGCAUCUUGGCAUGGUGGUUUCCCUCAUGCCUAAUGAUGCAAACUGAUUCAGAGUUUGUGGAAAAUAUUAAUAAUACUGAAUAGGCUAUGCUAUGACAAGUUUGUUGGGACCACCUAUGUUAUUGUUAGAAGCUUGUGAAACAGAGUUGUUUUGGAAACGUAGAUUAAGAAAACAUUACAAGCGUGAACAGAAGGAUUAGGCUACAUGAAAAAAUGUUUUGCAGUGGGUUGCUUGGAAACUCAACCACAAUGUGAAAUAUUUAUAUUCAAGUGUGAGUAAAAACAAAAAUGUGACAGAGUGCUGGUUAUAGAAAUUAUAGAAUGUAAACUAUUUUUUUAACAGCCUAUUCACUGCCAACACGUUUGACUCAAUUGAUGAGGAUGCAUUCCUGGGUCUACCGCAUCUGGAGUACCUGUGAGUUGUACUCUCUCUAAUGGAUAAGAUCCUCAAAUGCAUCAUAUGAUGAUUAAAUCUCAAAAUAUGUUAUUACAUGUUAACUUCAUUCACAGGUUUAUCGAAAACAACAAAAUUGCAUCAAUAUCACAACACGCAUUCCGGGGCCUAAAAGCACUCAUACAUCUGUAAGUAUAAGAAUGUCCUUUUUUACUUUUUUACAAUUCGAAAUCAAGGAAAAUGUGUUAGAACAAUGGCCUUGUGGCAUUUGCAUAUUGUGUUAACCAUACUUGAAAACCAGAGAUUGGACAAGUCAAUAUUAUUCAAGUCACAAGCAAGUAUCAAGGUAUGAGUCUCAAGUUGAGUCCAAAGUAGAACGGGUCGAGUCUCGAGUCAAGUCCAAGACCCGCAUUCUAAGAGUCCAGUCACAUGUUUUUUGAUGUCAAGUCUCAAAUCAAGCAACCAAAAAAAAUGUAUACAUGCAAUGACUUGUUCAAAUACAAAUCUUUGUCAAUUGAGGCUACCAGACAGCCCUUUUCAUUAUUUUGUCUACAACACAUUUUGAUUAUGUAAUAAUUCAUUUUAACAACAAAUUCCAAAUGCAAGCUUCAUAAGUAAAUGAUCAAUUUCAAGCAAUUUUGACUUACCAAAAGAACAGUAGGCCUAUGCUAGUAAUUGUUGCUUGAUGCCACAUUGCUGGUGAGAUUGCAAAGUAAACAUUUAGCCUGAUAUUCUUGAUCACCAAGCUGCAUACAGUGAGGGAAAAAAGUAUUUGAUCCCCUGCUGAUUUUGUUCGUUUGCCCACUGACAAAGAAAUGAUCAGUCUAUGAUUUUAAUGGUAGGUUUAUUUGAACAGUGAGAGACAGAAUAACAACAAAAAAAUCCAGAAAAACGCAUGUCAAAAAUGUUAUAAAUUGAUUUGCAUUUUAAUGUGAGAAAUAAGUGUUUGACCCCCUCUCAAUCAGAAAGAUUUCUGGCUCCCAGGUGUCUUUUAUACAGGUAACGAGCUGAGAUUAGGAGCACAAGGGAGUGCUCCUAAUCUCAGCUUGUUACCUGUAUAAAAGACACCUGUCCACAGAAGCAAUCAAUCAAUCAGAUUCCAAACUCUCCACCAUGGCCAAGACCAAAGAGCUCUCCAAGGAUGUCAGGGACAAGAUUGUAGACCUACACAAGGCUGGAAUGGGCUACAAGACCAUCGCCAAGCAGCUUGGUGAGAAGGUGACAACAGUUGGAGUUGCAAUAAUCAUGAGAACGGUGAGGAAUCAGCCCAGAACUACACAGGAGGAUCUUGUCAAUGAUCUCAAGGCAGCUGGGACCAUAGUCACCAAGAAAACAAUUGGUAACACACUACGCCGUGAAGGACUGAAAUCCUGCAGCACCCGCAAGGUCCCCCUGUUCAAGAAAUCACAUAUACAGGCCCGUCUGAAGUUUGCCAAUGAACAUCUGAAUGAUUCAGAGGAGAACUGGGUGAAAGUGUUGUGGUCAGAUGAGACCAAAAUCGAGCUCUUUGGCAUCAACUCAACUCGCCGUGUUUGGAGGAGGAGGAAUGCUGCCUAUGACCCCAAGAACACCAUCCCCACCGUCAAACAUGGAGGUGGAAACAUUAUGCUUUGGGGUUGUUUUUCUGCUAAGGGGACAGGACAACAUUAACCGCAUCAAAGGGACGAUAGACAGGGCCAUGUACCGUCAAAUCUUGGGUGAGAACCUCCUUCCCUCAGCCAGGGCAUUGAAAAUGGGUCAUGGAUGGGUAUUCCAAGGCAACAAAGGAGUGGCUCAAGAAGAAGCACAUUAAGGUCCUGGAGUGGCCUAGCUAGUCUCCAGACCUUAAUCCCAUAGAAAAUCUGUGGAGGGAGCUGAAGGUUGCCAAACGUCAACCUCGAAACCGUAAUGACUUGGAGAAGAUCUGCAAAGAGGAGUGGAACAAAAUCCCUCCUGAGAUGUGUGCAAACCUGGUGGCCAACUACAAGAAACGUCUGAACUCUGUGAUUGCCAACAAGGGUUUUGCCACCAAGUACUAGGUCAUGUUUUGCAGAGGGGUCAAAUACUUAUUUCCCUCAUUAAAAUGCUAAUCAAUUUAUAACAUUUUUGACAUGCGUUUUUCUGGAUUUUUUGGUUGUUAUUCUGUCUCUCACUGUUCAAAUAAACCUACCAUUAAAAUUAUAGACUGAUCAUGUCUUUCUCAGUGGGCAAACAUACAAAAUCAGCAGGGGAUCAAAUACUUUUUUCCCAAACUGUAUGGCAAUCCUCUCUCCCUACAAUUUGAUGUUUGCGCUGCACCCGAUCCUACAGCUGUACAGCAAAUCAGCAAUCUGUUCGCUAGCUCAUAGGUUCUCCAACUUUUUGACCCGCAACCCCUAAAAAGGAGUGUUUCAAAGCUUGCGACUCCCACGCACGUACAUGCAUGCGUGCACAGGGCGAACAAGCGCGCACAAUCGCUGCGUAAAUGUAGCCUGUCAUUACAGCCGUAAAGGUGAUACAUUUUAAAAACGAAGAUACAGAAAUAAACUAAGUUUUACACCAGUAUAUUGAGCUGAAAGUCAUUCAUGUUAGCAGUCAAUAUCAACUAGGGAUAUCAUGUCACCGUCUACCUGUAGCCUAUACAGCAGAGGUUGAGGGUCAGAUGGAAAGCAUGGUCUGUCUGUAACUAUUUCUUCCUCACAAAUAUCGUAAUUUAUUUAAUAUGUUACAUCUUCAUCCUAUAAGUAUUGAAGGCAGUGCGAUGCUACAAUUAUCUUUAGACAUAUAGCCAGGUCCCGCCACUGAGGUACAGUUGAAGUCGUAAGUUUACAUACACCUUAGCCAAAUACAUUUAAACCGUUUUUCACAAUUCCUGACAUUUAAUCCUAGUAAAAAUUCCCUGUCUUUGGUCAGUUAGGAUCACCACUUUAUUUUAAGAAUGUGAAAUGUCAGAAUAAUAGUAGAAAGUGAUUUAUUUCAGAUUUUAUUUAUUUCAUCACAUUCCCAGUGGGUCAAUUAGUUAAUUAGUAUUUGGUAGCAUUGCCUUUAAAUUGUUUAACUUGGGUCAAACGUUUCGGGUAGCCUUCCACAAGCUUCCCACAAUAAGUUGGGUGAAUUUUGGCCUAUUCCUCCUGACAGAGCUGUUGUAACUGAGUCAGGUUUGUAGGCCUCCUUGCUCGCACACGCCUUUUCAGUUCUGCCCACACAUUUUCUAUAGGAUUGAGGUCAGGGCUCUGACUGAUGUCUUGAGAUGUUGCUUCAAUAUAUCCACAUAAUUUUCCUUCCUCAUGAUGCCAUCUAUUUUGUGAAGUGCACCAGUACCUCCUGCAGCAAAGCACCCCCACAGCAUGAUGCUGCCACCCCCGUGCUUCACGGUUGGGAUGGUGUUCUUCGGCUUGCAAGCUAUCCCCUUUUUCCUCUAAACAUAACGAUGGUCAUUAUGGCCAAACAGUUCUAUUUUUGUUUCAUCAGACCAGAGGACAUUUCUCCAAAAAGUACGAUCUUUGUCCCCAUGUGCAGUUGCAAACCGUAGUCUGGCUUUUUUAUGAGCGGCCUUUCAGGUUAUGUCGAUAUAGGACUCGUUUUACUGUGGAUAUAGAUACUUUUGUACCUGUUUCCUCCAGCAUCUUCACAAGGUCCUUUGCUGUUGUUCUGGGAUUGAUUUGCACUUUUCGCACCAAAGUACGUUAAUCUCUAGGCGUCUCCUUCCUGAGCGGUAUGACGGCUGCGUGAUCCCAUGGUGUUUAUACUUGCGUACUAUUGUUUGUACAGAUGAACGUGGAACCUUCAGGCGUUUGGAAAUUGCUCCCAAGGAUGAACCAGACUUGUGGAGGUCUACAAUUGCUUUCUGAGGUCUUUUGAUUUUCCUAUGAUGUCAAGCAAAGAGGCACUGAGUUUGAAGGUAGGCCUUGAAAUACAUCCACAGGUACACCUCCAAUUGACUCAAAUGAUGUCAAUUAGCCUAUCAGAAGCUUCUAAAGCCAUGACAUCAUUUUCUAGAAUUUUCCAAGCUGUUUAAAGGCACAGUCAACUUAAUGUAUGUAAACUUCUGACCCACUGGAAUUGUGAUACAGUGAAUUAUAAGUGAAAUAAUCUGUCUGUAAACAAUUGUUGGAAAAAUUACUUGUGUCAUGUCCUAACCGACUUGCCAAAACUAUAGUUUGUUAACAAGAAAUUUGUGGAGUGGUUAUAAAACGAGUUUUAAUGACUCCAACCUAAGUGUAUGUACAUUUCUGACUUCAACUGUAUAUAAUUAACCCACCCAGGGCCUAUCUGAAAUAUGAAAAUGAUCAAUGAAAUCACCAGAUAGCCUAUUGUUCUGGCAAAGAUGUGUCCGUGUCACGAUCGUCGUAUUGAACAGACCAAGGCGCAGCGUGAUGAACGAACAUGUUUAACUUUAUUAUCUUUAGUGAUAAUAGACACAAUCAACAAAACAAGAAACGACUCGUAAAGUCCACGGUAACAAUGACCAACACGGAACAAGAACCCACAAACACAAAGGGAAAACAGACAGUUUAAAUAUGGCUCCCAAUCAGAGACAACCAACGACAGCUGACACUCGUUGCCUCUGAUUGGGAGUCACUCUGGCCAACAUAGAAAUAAACACAACAGAAAGAACACACCCUGGCUCAACCUAUAGAGUCCCAGAGCCAGGGUGUGACAGUACCCCCCCCUAAAGGCGCGGACUGCGACCGCGCCUCAACUUGAACAAAACAGGGGAGGGCUGGGUGGGCAUUCCUCCUCGGCGGCGGUUCUGGCUCCGGCCUUGCCCACCACCCUCCAAUAAACCCCCCAUAGCGCCCCUGGUCCAGUCUGGCCCCGCUGGCUGGAGCUGAACUGGACGUAGCAGGAGCGGUUAGCUUCAGCUCCGUAGUGGAGCAGUUGACCGGUACCUUACCAGGCACCGGUGACCCAGGCACAGGUUGUGCUGGACUGACGACGCGCACCCCGGGCUUAGUGCGUGGAGGAGGAACGGGCCUUACCAGGCUGACGACGCGCACCCCUGGCCUGGUGCGUGGAGGAGGAACGGGCCUUACCAGGCUGACGACUCGCACCCCUGGCUUGGUGCGUGGAGGAGGGACGGGCCUUACCAGGCUGACGACUCGCACCCCUGGCUUGGUGCGUGGAGGAGGAACGGGCCUUACCAGGCUGACGUCUCGCACCCCUGGCUUAGUGCGAGUGGCAGGGACAGGCCGGACCGGGCUGGCGACGCACACCGUAGGCUUGGUGCGUGGACCAGGGACAGGCCGGACUGGGCUGGCGACGCACACCGUAUGCUUGGUGCGUGGAGCAGGGACAGGCCGGACUGGGCUGGCGACGCACACCGUAGGCUUGGUGCGUGGAGCAGGAACAGGCCGGACUGGGCUGACGACGCACCCCGUAGGCUUGGUGCGUGGAGCAGGGACAGGCCGGACCGGGCUGGCGACGCAUACCGUAGGCUUGGUGCGAGGAGCAGGGACAGGCCGGACCGGGCUGGCGACGCGCACCGUACACUUGGUGCGAGGGGCCGGAACAGGCCGGACCGUACUGGGGACACACACCACUGGCUCUACCUCGGGAUCUGGAACGGGCCGGACCGGACUGGUAACACACCCCAGUACCUCUCGCCGUGCCUCUACACCUUCCUUCCCUGCUUUGACCAUUGGCCCCCGUAACCUGGUGGCCUUCUGAAUCCGACCCUUUUCUGCCUCCGUCAGCCCCGUCGUCCAUGCCGUGUGCCCCCCCUAAAAAUGUUCUGGGGUUGCCUCUCGCCUGUCCGACGUUGACACUGCUGACGCCGCUGCUCCUCUUUCGCCAGGGCCUCUCCUGGCGCUUCCUCCCAUGUCCAGUCCAAGUUCUGCCCCGGGACACGCUGCUUGGUCCUUACUUGGUGGGUUCUUCUGUCACGAUCGUCAGGGAGAGACCAAUGUGCAGCGUGUUGAACGAACAUGGUAUUUAUUAUCUUCAGUGAUAACAUACACAACCAACAAAACAACAAACGACUCAUAACGUCCUCGGUAACAAUGACCAACACGGAACAAGAACCCACAAACACAAAGGGAAAACAGACAGUUUAAAUAUGGCUCCGAAUCAGAGACAACCAACGACAGCUGACACUCGUUGCCUCUGAUUGGGAGUCACUCUGGCCAACAUAGAAAUAAACACAACAGAAAGAACACACCCUGGCUCAACCUAUAGAGUCCCAGAGCCAGGGUGUGACAGUCCGUAGCAGAUUGCUAAACUGUAUUUUAUAUGGAUAAUAUGAACACAGGCUACUCAGUUUUUUGACAGGCAAAAUCAGAGAAAAUGAAACAAGUGCUUUCUGGUCACUAAUCUGGAUAUGUGCGCCCUGCCUUUGCACGCCAAUGCUGAUGACUGGUCAUUGGUCAAAAGUCAAGUCAUGCAACUUUUUGGUUCUGAAGCACUGAUUAGAUGUUUUUGAAACAAGAAUUUGGUCCAAUGCUGUAGGACUGUGUUACUGACCUAAUCAAAUAAGAAAAGGUAUACAAAUAAAAUACAUGGUAGGAUAUAUGUAGCCUAUUAAAACAUGAAAAACUCACAACCCCUGUCUAGCUCACCUGACCUGAGUUGAUUGACAAUUUGCUGGUCCAAUCAGAGGGCCAAGUGUGCGUUUCACUAGCCAAUCUGUUGCAUGUUUCUUUUGCCAGCGUAAUGCUGCAGCUACUGUCUCUGGCUGCAUGGAGAGUAAUAAAGUGUGCCACAAAAUGAAUAACAAAACAUUACAAAACCUGGCCAGAUAAUUUAAAGUCAUCAGUCUCAAGUCAAAGUUGAGUCCCAAGUCUUGAGUUUCCAAGUCAAGUCUAAAGUUAUUUUAUUUUAUAUAAAGUCCAGUCUCAAGUCAUCAAAUUUGUGACUUGAGUCAGACUCAAGUCAAAGUCAUGUGACUCGAGUCCACACCUCUGUUGCUUUUCCCGUGAUGCAUAGCAUUAUCAAAACCAUUGUUCAUUAAGGCCCCCCAUAGGCACAUUCAAAUAUUAAGCUAAUGUACCUCAGUGGUGCCCACUUUAUCGUUGUCAAAACUGCAUAGGAUGCAAGUCCUAUUCCAGUGAUAUUAAACCAGGUUAGCCUCCCUCACUUCUGCCAUAUCAAGUUGCCAAAGGAUACUGUGGUGGGUCUAGUAUCACAAGUAAACUUGGUGACCUCGCUGACUGGGAAUACUUCCAGUUUUCACAUCAGAAUAUUUGCAUUAGACACUCAAAAAACCCUUGAAAUCCAAAUAGUGUAUAUGUUAAAAAAUAUUGGUUUUACUUAUCAUGUGACCAUCAAUCAGUAUGACUUGACAACACUCUGAAAAGCUAAUACACUCCUUUCUAUUGAAAAAAAAGACAAACAUGAGUGGAUAUAUGAGUUUGCCCAAUUUAUUCUAAGAAUGUAUCUCCUUUCACUAUUUUCAGUAGAGUACUGUGUACUCUUGAAAAUCUAAUUAUAACCAAGACUGAUGUGACCUGGGGGGCAAAACUAAAUAUAUCUGCUCUGUAACCUUAAACUCUGCUCCUUACUCAUUCUGUCUGGACUGAAGUGACGGUCAGGGCCCAUCCAGUGCUGAGUUCCAAGAACGGCUCUUUUUGGAAGUCAGCCACAAUAUAUUGUGUUGAUUCAGGACAUACUGUAUUUUGUAGUCUAAAACACAUCAUUUUCCUCUUUUUUAAUCAGGAGCCUGGCCUAUAAUAACCUGGGUACAUUACCCAAAGAUGUUUUCAAGGGCAUGGAUGCUUUGGCUAAAGUGUGAGUAUUUUUUUUCUUCUUCGCAUAACCAGCGGCUUAAUGGGCAACGUCACAAUCUAAAGUGUACUUACGUUAAACAAAAAAGUUUUCAUUUUCAUUCAAAAUAUUCAGGUUUUGAUUUAUGCAUACUUUGGUAACCUGUUUUACCAGGGAUCUGAGAGGGAACAACCUGCAAUGUGACUGCAAACUAAAGUGGCUGGUGGAGUGGAUGCAUACCACUAAUACGAUGGUUGAUCAGAUCCCCUGCAGUGGGCCCACGCUUUUCCAAGGGAAACUGAUCAAUGACCUUGUGCCCGGGUCUUUCGAUUGCAUAACUGCAGGUGAUUGGUGCAAUUCUUAUUUCACACCUUGCAAUGUUAAUCUCCUUAACCACUGCUGUCUCAUGAUAUUCAGUAGUGGCCAUUUCAAUGAAAUGCAAUACACAACAGACUCAGACUGCUAGUCAGGAUAAAGUGAAAAUGAUAACACUAAUACUGUAGAGCAGGACUGCCCAACCCUGUUUCUGGAGAGCUACCGUCCUGUAGAUUUUUUGCUCCAACCCUAAUCUAGCAUACCUGAUUCAAAUAAUUAGCAGGUUGAUAAAAUGAAUCAGGUUAGUAACACCUGGGGUUGGAGCGAAAACCAACAGGAGGGUAGCUCUCCAGGAACAGGGUUGGGCUACCCUGGUGUAGAGAUUGUACCUACAGUAGCCUACAGAACACUAAAACAGUAACCAAGGAAGAAUGCCAGUAAUGUUGCCUUCUCUGGUAGUGAUGUUAAUCCUUGUCAACUUCGACUUCAAGUCAUCUGCCCUGGUCUCUUUGUGUACCGCUGACCCAAUCUUCGGGCUACCCAAGAGGAAAUUCAGGCAAAAAGGAGUCAGAAGAGCGUGCAUCCUGGUGGGACUAAGGCGAAGGGAAAACCGGCCACCACUUCCCUUUCUACUAUUGGCCACUUAAUAAUAAGAUGGAAGACUGAUCACGGAUUUGCUAUCAACAGGACUCUCGUAACUGCAAUAUUCUGUUUUUCUGAAACAUGGCUUUCGGAUCCCCCACAGCUAUCCAACUCGAUGGAUUCUCCAUUCACCGAGCGUACAGGACAUUGGAUUCAGGGAAAUCCAGAGGAGGAGGAGUAUGUCUCUUCAUCAACAACAACAACCUAUUGUUCACCCAUCUUGGAAUUUCCACAAUGGUGAAAUGCCGACCCUUCUACUUCUUGAGAGAGUUUUCAUCAUGACUGCUGUAUAUAUUCCAGGACAACCACAACAACAAGCUGGCACUUAACGAACUGUACGAGGCUGCUUUUCUUGUUGCCUGUAAUUGUAUUUCCGCGUCACUAAGACACUUGAUUCCCAACUUCUAUGAACACGUCUCCUUUGCCACUAAGGGCGAUAAAGUCCUAGACCACUGUUACUCAACCCACAAGCAAGCAUACAAGGCCAUCCCUUGUCCCCCCUUAGGCAAAUCAGAUCAUGACUCUAUACUCAUGCUUCCUGUUUACAAACAGAAGCUCAAGCAGGAAGUACCUGUGACGCGUUCCGUAGAGAAAUGAUCCCCGAAGCGGAAGCUAUACUGCAGGACUGCUUUGCUGGAAUAUGUUUGGGGACUGCGCCGAUAGCAUCAACAGGCUAACCACCUCAGUCACCGGCUUCAUCAGGAAACGCAUCACAGACGUUGUCCCCACAGUGAAGGUUCGCUUCUUCCCCAAUCAAAAGCCCUGGAUUAACACUGAGGUAAGUGCUAAGAUAAAGGACAGAGCUAUCGCACACACAGGGCUAUCGCAGCCAACCCCAGCACUACGGCUGACACGAACGCGUACAAGAAGUUCCACUACGACCGCCGCAAAGCCAUCGAACAGGCAAAAGGACAUUAUAGGAAUCUGUUAUGAGAUCUUGUCAUAGUGUUGUGGGAACAAGGUUAAAUUAAUUAGAUAAGUGACUCUUGGUGACACAGAGUCUGAAUAACAAGGAUUCCAGUAUGUCAAGAAAGCUUACUGGUGUUUAUCUUAGAAUGAUUGAUAGAUGGGAUACACUGACUUGGGGUACAAGGUAAUACCAUCAAAGAAGGGAGUGCCCACUGAUGGUUAACGGAUGUUGUUGAAGAAACGUGUAGCAUGAAGUAUAUAAAUUGAGAGAUUUUCUUUGUCUAGUAGUUCGGAUGACAAGAGGCAAAGCAUGUGCCAUUUGUUAGACGAACCCGGUACUGUGUCUAUUCAAUAUUUGUAUCAACUCUCCAUCUAAGUGUUAAAUAUCUUCUUGCAUCAUGAAUUACUUGAUAUCCGAGAAACUCAUCAUAACAGAAUCCUAUUACACCGGCUCCAACACUCAACAUAUGUGGCAGGGGCUACAGUCCAUUACGGAUUACAAAGGAAGACCUAGCCGUGAUCUGCCCAACGAUGUCUCUCUACCAGACGAAGUCAAUGUAUUUUAUGCACGCUUCGAUAAAAACAACACUGAGUUGUGCAUGAGGGCCCCUGCCGUCCCAUAGGACUGGGUGAUCUCACUCUGAGGCCGACGUGAGUAAAGCUUUUAAUCUGGUCAAUACUCGCAAGGCCACAGGGCCAGACGGUAUUCCAGGGCGCGUUCUCAUAGCAUGUGCAGACCAGCUGGCAGGCAUCUUCACUGUCAUUUUCAACCUCUUCUUGUCCCAGUCUGUAAUCCCCACAUCUCGAGCUGACCACCAUCAUUCCUGUUCCCAAGAACUCUAAGGCUACCGCCCUGUAGCACUCACAUCUGUAAUCAUAAAACGCUUUGAAAGGCUGGUCAUGGCACACAUCAACUCCAUCAUCCCAGACACCUUAGACCAGGGGUCUCCAAAAGGUAGAUCACGAGCUACCAGUAGCUCGUAGCCCACCUAUGAGUAGCUCACCAAUCAAUUCUGAAAGUACAUGCAUUUUUUCAUGUGUUCCAUUGCAAACUGUCAUAAACAAAGCUCCCGGCUACUAUCCAAUCAAAGACACAUUGACAUUAUCCCACCCCUUGUUAGCCACUAUUGUCUUAAAAAGGCAAAUGUAACACAAUAUCUGCCACUUAAUUUCCAGCAAUAUUACCUCCGUCUGUCUGUUUGGUGCGGGCGUUUGUCUAUCAGUCUGUAUGUAGCCAGUUGCCCCAGUAUCUGUGCGUUGGAGACCUCUCUAACGCUCAGGAAGCUCAAUAGUAAGUUGAGACCCUGAUGGAGUUCCAAAAUAAUGAAAAAUAAGCGACUGCUUAUUUUGCUUAUGCCGGUAGCCGGCCCUGUGAAUGCCAAUGCCUCCUCCUCUCUUUCAUGUUGGCAAAACGGUCUAUGUGUCACGCCCUGGCUCUGGGGACUCUAGUAUGUUGAGCCAGGGUGUGAGUUUUCAUUUGUGUUACAUUCUAGUAUUGUUGUUCUAUGUUGGCCAGUGUGGUUCUCAAUCAGAGGCAACGUGAUUCAGCUGUUGCUUGUUGUCUCUGAUUGAGAACCAUACUUUAGCAGCCUGUUUCCCCACAGAGUUUGUGGGAUCUUGUUUCAAGUCUGUUUUUGUUCGACCGUGAACUGUCACGCAUCGUUUGUUGUUUUGAUCGUGUCUCGAAUUAAAAAAGUAUGUUUGCCUGCAACGCUGUGCCUUGGUCCUCAUCUUUGGUAGACGAUCGUGACAGAAGAUCCCACCUCGACUGGAUCAAGCAGCGUGACGAGGAGAGAGGAUGGACUUGGGAGGAGAUGAGUGCGAGUCUGGCAAGAGGGAUGGAGGCCUUGGCCACGGGUAGGAGUGAAGCCCAUACAUUUUUUAGGGGGGGGCUAACGCCGUGGACGACGGGGCAGCAGGAGGCCGCCAGGUUACGGGAGUCACUGGUCACCAGGGGGAAGGAGGAUGUAGAGGCACGGCGAGAGGUACUGGCGUGUGUUGCCAGUCCGGUCCGGCCUGUUCCUGAUCCCCACGUAGGGCCAGUGGUGUGUGUUCCCAGUACGGUCCGGCCUGUUCCUGCCACUCGCACCAAGUCAGUGGUGCGCUUCGUCAGCCCGGCACGGCCCGUUCCUGCUCCCCGCACCAAGUCAGUGGUGCGCGUCGUCAGCCCGGUCCGGCCCAUUCCUGCUCCCCGCACCAAGUCAGUGGUGCGUUUCGUCAGCCCAGCUCGGCCCGUUCCUGCUCCCCGCACCAAGUCAGUGGUGCGCUUCGUCAGCCCGGUCCGGCCCGCUCCUGCUCCCCGCACCAAGUCAGUGGUGCGUUUCGUCAGCCCGGCGCGGCCCGCUCCUGCUCCCCACACCAAGCCAGUGGUGUGUGUCGUCUGCCCGGCACGGCCCGUGCCUGUUCCCCACACCAAGUCAGUGGUGCGCGUCGUCAGCCCGGUCCGGCCCAUUCCUGCUCCCCGCACCAAGUCAGUGGUGCGUUUCGUCAGCCCAGCUCGGCCCGUUCCUGCUCCCCGCACCAAGUCAGUUGUGCGCUUCGUCAGCCCGGUCCGGCCCGCUCCUGCUCCCCGCACCAAGUCAGUGGUGCGUUUCGUCAGCCCGGCGCGGCCCGCUCCUGCUCCCCACACCAAGCCAGUGGUGUGCGUCGUCUGCCCGGCACGGCCCGUGCCUGUUCCCCACACCAAGCCAGUGGUGUGCGUCGUCAGUCCGGCACGGCCCGUGCCUGUUCCCCACACCAAGCCUGUGGUGUGCGUCGUCAGUCCGGCACGUCCCGUGCCUGUUCCACCGGUGCCUGGUCCGGCACCGGUCAGAUGCUUCACGCCGGAGCUAGAGCAACCCGCUCCACCAGUGUGCAGUCCAGCUCCGGCCAGCGGGGCCAGACCGGACCAGGGAUACUUUGGGGGGUUGGAGAGGGAGCGGGGAUCAGCUCCGGAGCCGGAUCCGCCGCCUAGGCGGAGUGCCCACCCGGUCCCUCCCCUGUGGUGUUUGGUUGGCGCGGUCGGAGUCCGCGCCUUUAGGGGGGGGUACUGUCACGCCCUGGCUCUGGGGACUCUAGUAUGUUGAGCCAGGGUGUGAGUUUUCAUUUGUGUUACAUUCUAGUAUUGUUGUUCUAUGUUGGCCAGUGUGGUUCUCAAUCAGAGGCAACGUGAUUCAGCUGUUGCUUGUUGUCUCUGAUUGAGAACCAUACUUUAGCAGCCUGUUUCCCCACAGAGUUUGUGGGAUCUUGUUUCAAGUCUGUUUUUGUUCGACCGUGAACUGUCACGCAUCGUUUGUUGUUUUGAUCGUGUCUCGAAUUAAAAAAGUAUGUUUGCCUGCAACGCUGCGCCUUGGUCCUCAUCUUUGGUAGACGAUCGUGACACUAUGACUGUCAGUACACACUGUUCGUUUUUGAUGUCCGAGACUAUGCUACCUGGCUAAAAUGCUUGCUAGCCUAACUUCCUCGCAGGGGCAACAAUGAACUAGCUAAGUUAGCUAGGUAACGUGAGCCAAUUUAGCUAGCUAGCUACUGCAGGAGGACAACAACAUGUCACAAGCAAACGAGAAACAGACUUUUUUCGGACAAUUACGUUUUCCUUUUGAUGUGAUUUGAUUGGUGUGAUGGCAAAUCCAAACUGGCCUGAUUGGCUGAUUACUUAAAUAAAGAAAUAUAAACGGAGGCCAAAUAUUCACUGCAAUCAAUCAAUCAAAUGCUAUGGCGGCAACAUGUCAUGCUCUUUUUGUCCAGACAGCAUCAGAUACAUGGGCUACACAUACUGAGAUAGAGGUGCGCCUUUUCCCUCUCGGAUGAUUUCUCCAAUGCGAUAGAUACAGCCACUUGCGAAUUGAAGGAAAAUGAUUAAAACCACAGAGAGACGAAAGAGAAAUUGUUUCAUAAUGUGUAUUGGUCAUCCAUGAAUAUAUGCCAUUGCUGACGACACGACGGUGGUGGGCCUGAUCACCAAUGGCGUUGAGACAGCCUACAGGGAAGAGGUCAGAUACCUGGCAGUGUGGUGGGGGACACCCUAUCCACAUCAACGGGGCCGCAGUGGAGAGGGUCAAGAGCUUCAAGUUCCUCGGUGUCCACAUGAUCCUCUCACACCAGCACAGUCGUGAAGAAGGAACGGCAGCGCCUCUUCUCCCUCAGGAGGCUGAAACGAUUUGGCAUGGCCCCAAAGAUCCUCAAGAACGUUUACAGCUGCACCUUCGAGAGCAUCCUGACUGGUUGUAUCACCGUCUGGUAUGCAACUGCACUGCCCUGGACCAGAAGGCCCUACAGAGGGUGGUGCAGACUGCCCAGCGCAUCACUGGGGGCGAGCUCCCAGCCAUCCAAGACAUACAUGCCAGGUGGUGUCUGAGAAAGGCCCAGAAAAUUGCCAAAGACUCCAGCCACCCGAGACAUGGACUGUUCAGGCGGUAACGGUGCAUCAAGGCUCAGACCAACAGACUCCUAAACAGCCAUUAGACUGUUAAAUGGCUAACAACUACUGCACUCCCUCUCCCACAGACUGUCCACACUGACUCUAUGCCCAUCCACAGGUCAUUACCCACUCAGACACACACACCUUCACUGUCAGUAUUACUCACAUGCGCACACACACACACCCAUUACUGACGCCACACACUUGCACCCACACACUCUCCCUCACACCUACGCUGCUGCUAAAAUGAUUAUUGAUUAGAUUUAUUACUACCAUUAUGCUGCUGUUAAUUGAUUACUGAUUGCCAUUACCAUUAGUUUUUAUCCUGCUACUGGUCACAAUUACUCCUGUUCACAUGUAUAUAUAUCACCAUUAGUAUAUUACCAUAAGUAUUUUUAUAUUCCUGCUACCAGUCACUUUUGAGCCCUGUUUACAUGUACAGUGCCUUCCGAAAGUAUUAAUACCCCUUGACUUAUUCCACAUUGUGUUGUGUUACAGCCUGAAUAAAAAUGGUAUUAAAUAUAUUUUUUUUCCUCACCCAUCUACACACACAAUACCCCAUAAUGACAAAGUGAAAACAUGUUUUUAGAAAUGUUAGCAAAUUUAGUGAAAAUGAAAUGCAGUCUUUCUGGGUAUGUCUAAGAGCUUUCCAACAUUUGCCCAUUAUUUUCAUAAUUCUUCAAGCUCUGUCAAACUGGUUGUUGAUCAUUGCUAGACAACCAUUUUCAGGUCUUGCAAUAGAUUUUCAAGUCGAUUUAAGUCAAAACUGUAACUCGGCCACUCAGGAACAUUCACUGUCUUCUUGGUAAGCAACUCCAGUGUAGAUUUGCCCUUGUGUUUUAGGUUAUUGUCCUGCUGAAAGGUGAAUUAAUCUCCCAGUGUCUGGUGGAAGCAGACUGAACCAGCACUGACGAAGGCCUGGUGGCCGAUACCUAAAGCUUAUUAAAGAGCAGUGAUACUAGCAAGAGCAGUGUGCCGGUUUCUUAUUUUUUCUCAUCUUAUUCAACUGUUACCAUGCACCUGCAAAAAAGAUACCUCAGAUGUGCAGGUGCCUUUUGAACUACAAUAUUGAUGAUCCGUCCUCAGUUUUUUCCUAUCACAGCCAUUAAACUCUAACUGUUUUAAUGUCACCAUUGGCCUUAUGGGGAAAUCCCAGAGCGGUUUCCUUCCUCUCCGGCAACGGAGUUAGGAAGGACGCCUGUAUCUUUGUAGUGACUGGGUGUAUUGAUACACCAUUCAAAGUGUAAUUAAUAACUUCACCAUGCUCAAAGGGGUAUUCAAUUUUUCUUCCACUUUGACAUUAGAGUAUUUUGUGUAGAUCGUUGACAAAAAAAUGACAAUUUAAUCUAUUUUUAUUUAACUUUGUAACACAAAAAACAUGGAAAAGUUCAAGGGGUGUGAAUACUUUCUGACGGCACUGUACUUGCAUUCUUGUGUUCAACUUACAUCAUACUUGUGUUUUUUUAUUCAAUUUUCUAUCAUCUAUAUUAUUAUUGCUGCAUUGUUGGGAAAUAGCUCUCAAGUAAGAAUAUCACUAUACUGUUUUACACUGGUUGUGCACGUGGUUUUUACAUUAAAACUGUUUUGUAUUGCAGAGUUUGCCUCUUAUCAGCCGCUGAUGUUUGAGUCCAUUUCAGUGGAGUCCUUUACCUUUGGCAUGGAUACAUUUGUUGUGUUUGCCCAGCCCUUUACUGGAACGUGCAUUUUCCUGGAAUGGGAUCAUGUUGAAAAUGUUUUCAGAACCUAUGACAGCAUUCAAAGUGAGCAAUGUUUGUUUUAUAUCACUAGAUGUCUAAAUGAUAUUUCAUGUGUGAAUAAAGUGUCAUACUAUAUCUUGUGGAUCCCAAAAUGUAUAGUUGCAUGUAUUUAGUGUUUCUCACAAAUAUUCACUUUAUGUUCCUAUGUUCUAAUACUUUGUUUUUGGUCAUUGUUUUACAGGUACAUCUACUGUAGUAUGCAAACCCAUGGUGAUUGAUAAUCAGCUGUUCAUAUUUGUAGCCCAGCUUUUUGGUGGCUCUCACAUUUACAAGCGGGACAUCUCAGCCAACAAAUUCAUCAAAAUCCAGGAUAUUGACAUCCUGAAAAUCAGGAAACCUAAUGACAUUGAGACUUUCCUCAUAGACGGUGAGUCCUUCUUCGUGAUCGCAGACAGCUCCAAGGCCGGUUCUACCACAGUGUACAAGUGGAACGGCAAUGGGUUCUACCCUAACCAGUCCCUCCAUCUCUGGUAUCGUGACACAGACGUGGAGUACCUAGAGAUCUCUGGUAAGCCCCAUCUCAUCAUAGCCAGCAGUUCCCAGAGGCCUGUCGUCUACCAGUGGAGCAAGAGUCUGAAGCAGUUCGACAGGCGCACUGAUAUCCCCGAAAUGGAGGACGUGUUUGCGGUCAAGCACUUCAAGUUGAAGAGUGAACUUUUCAUCUGCCUGACGCGUUUUAUCGGGGACUCCAAGGUGAUGAGGUGGGACGGCGCCAUGUUCAAAGAGGUACAGACAAUGCCUUCGCGGGGCUCCAUGGUGUUCCAGCCAGUCUCCAUCGGCAACUGGCAGUACGCCAUCCUCGGCAGCGACUACUCCUUCACGCAGGUCUAUCAGUGGGAUUUGAAGAGAGGCCAAUUUGUUCACUUCCAGGACCUGAACAUCCAGGCGCCAAGGGCAUUCUCUCUGGUGUCCAUUGACAACAGAGAGUUUCUGCUGGCCUCCAGCUUCAGAGGGAAAACUCAGAUAUACGAGCACCUAAUGAUUGACCUGAGUAAUAAUUAAUUAAUGAAAACAAUUAAGGAGUGUGUAGAUGAUAAAUGCAGUAGCACUGAACACUGGAGGGGAUGACUAUACUGGAUUCCUGAUGAAUGCCUUGCUAGAAACACCUACUGUAUCCCUUUCUUUCACAGCACUCUCCUAUUUUCUUCCUCGUAGACAAUGCAAUUGUUGAUUUACAGCAACUAUGCACUACACUACAGUAAUACCUGUGCUUUAGAUAAACUUAAGAGGUAAAAGCAAAUAAUGAGAAUACAUUAAAAUGUAAUUCAAAUGUUAAAUCUAACAUUUAAUUGACAAUUUUCCAAAUAAAAUGUUUACAUUUUUAUAACGAGUCAAAUAAUUUAUACGAGACAGCAUUUUGUAUGUAGAGGGGACCACUCCAAUCAUGUUAUGUCUUUCAUAUGGAGCUAGUUUUAGAUUUUGAAAUUACAUUUUGAAUUUAACCUAAUGUAGGCCAAGCUAUGUAACUGCAAUACUACAAACAACUUGUAUUCUAACCUGUAGUAAGUGUAUUUUGUUUUUAAUUUAGCUAUAUUUUAUGUAUAGUAGGCUAGUAAUAAACACAUUUCAU